AUGGAGGAAAAACAGCUUUACGGGGCGCUGACAGUGUACCGCGAGAGAGGUGCUUAUCUUCGAAGACUAGAGCAGUUUGAAAAAUCGAAGGCGGCGUACGAUGAGGCGUUUAAAAAUACACCUGAAGAUGUGCGCUUGCUCAUCGGUCGCAGUCAGGUGUGCGCCGACGCAGUGAAGCCGCAGCAGGCGUAUGACGACGCGCAACUGGCGCUCAAGCUCGAGCCGGGCAACAUGAACGCGCGCAACAUGCAGUCCAACGCACUAUACACCAUGUCCGACUUCGAACGGUCCGUCGUCAUGAACUACCGCGGCUACAGAGUGCGAAGACAACCACCUUAUUUCUUGGAGGGCAUCAACCAGGGCCUAGAAACCAUACAGGAUUGCGUAGGCAAAAACGCGGGUCAUGUCAUGAUAGAUUUCCUCCCACUAAUCAAACAACAUGAAGAACAGAGAGGAGAUGAAUCGGAACCUGUCAAAGUCUUGCGCGUGUCCCGCAUACCUUAUCCAGAACGACAUAAAAAACUCACACAAAUGGAGGCGCGUAAACAUUUGAUAUUAUCACGUGUGCUUGCUUAUAAAUAUCUCGGCCCUAUGGCUUACGACAAGUUCUUUCUUCAAUCGCUCGCUGAAGACACCCGUUUAAAGUCAGCAAAUUCAAAAGGUAGUAAAGAAUUAAAACAAUUAGUUGACGAAACCCUAGCAUCAUUAAGUCAACGACAAGAAAUGUUACGAGCUCAGCGCCCAUACUACACCAUAAAACAUGCAGAAAAAUCUGAAUCUAAGCAUCAGACAAAGUACAAAGAACAGUUAUUGAUCAAUGAACGUGGAAUAAACACUCGCACAGCAGAGCGGUUGAUAAGACAAAUCGAAAAGUCAAUGAGGGCUGGUCGCAUCAUGGAUUUAAUAGCAAAACAAGAACGUAUGCAACUAUUCUUGGACAGCAAAACCCCACAUACUUUGCCAGACAAAGAUCUGUUCAUUGACCGCUUGUAUCGAUGUGUAGGAGAAGGCUAUCUAUGGCAACACAAGCUCUCCUACAAGCUCAGUGAGCGUGGCAAUCGACGUCGCAUUAACUUCCUGAUGGGUCUACCAACUGGUCGGCCUACUUCCUUCGAUUCUGUGUUGGCAAAUUAUCCCUUCAAGUUUGUUGACAAGAAAUACGCAACUCAAAAAGUGAUGGAAUCACUUGAGAUGUGUGAAAAUUCGUUCAUGAAAUGUUGGUUGAUGUAUGAGUUAGCUCGGCUGCUCACGACUCAGAAGAACUAUGCGCUUGCAAAAUUUUACGCUAAACGAUGUCAACGUGAGGCACAGAGUAUAGAGAGUGUGACUUGGUGGUUGAAUGCGUGCUUUGUUUUGAUUAGUGGCGACAUGCAGCAAGGGAAUUCAAAUGAAGUGCGUAUCGAAGCAGAAGAAGCGUUUGAAUGGUCAAAGAAAAUGCAAAAUACAGAGGGAGUGCAAGCAUUCCUUAGUAAAUGUGCAGAGAUAGCAGCUGAACCAGUAUCUGUAGAUGAGACUAAAGCGGGCAAACAACGGCAGAGACAGAUCCUGAAGAUAAUGGAUGAUGUCACUCGCGUGGAGACAGAGGUGUUGUUCAAACGAAUAUCGAACGUGCCUCCGGGACGUCGCUUCUCAGUAUUGCCACAGAAGCCUGAGCACAUGGUUAUGACCUCAGAGCGUCGCAAGCGCCGUCAACGAGGACUCUCAGUCAUUCCUGGGAUAGAGCAGGGCUUACCCCCAGCGCCCAAGUCUGAUACGCUGGGUUUUCAAACCUUCGACAUAUAG